AUGCCGCCUGCUGACAACGACUCGCUCGCGGGUUUCCUGCGUCAGCGUGCCGCGAUCGCUCGCGCUCGCGGUUCAUCUAGAGAGGCGCAAAUACUCGAGCGCUCCGCCAAGUCGCUUGAGUGCUUCCCGGUAGUUGUCGGAGACCUUCGCUCAGCCCGUCAAGUGCCCGGGGUUGGCGCGACGGCUCUGAGGCACUUGCGGGACUUGUCUGCGGAGUUCGCAGCAAGCGAAGAAGUGACGCGAAGCGCUGCGCCACCAACGGCUUGCUCGGGAGCGAGCAACACAUUCCAGCAACCACAAAAGGCACUGCAUGAUGCUCUGCAACCCUGCACACGAUCAUCGAGCAGUACCAGCGAUACCGUACAUGGAAAGAAUAGCUACUCGGAUGCUCAGCGAGCAGAGCAUUCAGCAAAGAAACAUACACAAAGCGUUGAUCUAAACACGCCGAGUGCCGCCACAGACAAGAGCUUGCGGCGCUAUUGCCCACGCGUCGGCACUGCAGCUGCGGCACUGCUACUUGGCCUGUGGGAUCUGGACGGAGGGCCAGCUACCAAGUCGGAAAUCGUCAACGCAGCGCAACGCUAUACCAUGGUGCCGCUGGUGCGCCUUCAUCGCGGCUGGAGGAAUUACCACCGGCGCGAGGCUGAGGAUCACGCUUCGACGGCGCCUUUCACGUGGUAUGACGGCUGGUCGUCUAUGAACAGCGCCCUCAUUCGACGAGGUUUGGUGGUGGUCAGCCAGUCAACGCGGCCCCGAAGCUAUAUGCUCACGGAGACCGGCGCUACGGUUGCGACAUCCCUAAUACAACGCAGGCCCGCAGUGGACGACGAUACGCAAACAUCAGUGGAUGAUCCGGCUACGAGCCGAGUCGAUGGCGCGGGAGCCGUUCCUCCGCUGGUAACGCUACGCGGUACCGCAGAGCAGCGAGUGCCGGGUCGCGAUCCGCUUCGUGCUGCAACCGGCGUGCGCGAGCGCGUCCCUGCACAGUACCCAGCCUGCGGCACAGGGCAUGCACACUGCCCAGCAGAGGUCCCGAGUCGGCUGCGGGUUCACCUAGUACUGGACUCGCGGGAGAAACCAGAAUUCCAAGCGCUUCUGCGGCAACUGGGUAUCGUGUUCUGGGUGCGUUCGUUACCAGCCGGUGACGCGCUCUGGGUUGCAAGCAAGGACGCAUCCAUGGAGCAGACGACCACUGCGACGCCAGGAACGACGCCUCCCGAACAAGCCCACGUGUGCCAGGUGCUCGUGGAGCGCAAACCCCUCCCUGAUCUGGUUGCUUCUAUUCGAGAUCAGCGAUAUCGCCUGCAGAAAGCGCGGAUGCGGACAUCAGGUUUCAGACGCCUCGUGUACCUUAUCGAGGGCACUGCUCGAGCGGAAAGCGCGGGUGCCACCGCUGAACACGAGCGAUUAUGGCGCACGAUCGAGAAAGCAGCACUGCAUACCAAAGUGCGAGACGGCUUUCAUAUCGUCCGGGUUCCGAAUGCCGUCGUCACUGCCCACUGGUACCAGCAGAUGACGCGACACCUUCAGCAGCGACUCGAUGCUGGCGAUGCAUCAGUUUUGGUGAGGGCGUCCGCUUGUCCGGACGCUCCAGUAGCGCCGCUCACGCUGGACCAGUGGCGAUACACCAUGCAACAACGGGAACAAGUGGUCUCUCUGCAGGCGAUGCUGUGUCGACAAUUGCAGGCUUUACCCGGUAUACGAGAGCGGAUCGCGCAGGAGGUCCUCCGUUGCACAGGAGCGACCUGUGCGCACGAGCUUUACGACUGGUUCAAGCUGCAUGCCCGGCACCAAGACGGGCCCGCGAAACUCGUCCAGGCAUCCAGAAGCGAUGGUAACCGUGGGUCGCGUCCCGUGCCCGCGACAGUGGCAGCGCUACUCUGGCAGCUGUUCACGUGA